AUGCAGGAAGGCGACGGAGUACAGGGAUGCCCAUUGCGUUGUCAUCGCCGAUUACACUCAAUUAGAUCUCACAUGACCACCAUCCUGCAUCAAGCUGUGCUUCCAGCUAGCCUAGUUUCUUAUUUUGAACUGUUAAAGCUGCGUGAAAUUGACUCAAACAAUACCACUACAUUGCGCGAAAACGGCCCCCCAAUUGAUUCCAGAGAUCUUAUACUUCUUGAUAUUAGUCCAGUUUCGGAAAUGGUUAACCAGGUAAGAGGUUCUAAAUAA